GGGGGAUUUGCCAACGUGUGGCAUGGGAGCUAUGAUGAACGUGAUGUAGCAUUGAAGGAACUGCAAAUUUAUGAGCAAGAUGAUCUGAAAGCUAUUUGCCGCGUCUUCUACAGAGAGGUUUUAGUUUGGAAGUUCCUCCGACACCCGAAUGUACUCCCUUUCGUUGGCAUCAAUGAGAGCAUCUCUAGAUUCUGCAUGAUUUCACCUUGGGCAACUAACGGUAACAUCACUCAAUACCUGAAGCAAGACUGUAUGUGCGAUCGAACCAAGCUGUUACAAGAUGCAGCUGCGGGGCUUUCGUACCUUCAUACGCUCGGCAUAGUGCACGGUGACUUGAAAUCGGCCAACAUUCUGAUCAACUUCAGAGGAGAAGCAUGCCUAGCUGAUUUCGGUCUUGCAACAUUCAUCCACAAUGUAAAUACCAUUGCUGCUUUCGCGAGCACUACAGGCGGUAUACGGGGAUCUGUCCGCUGGAUGGCACCAGAACGCAUGGACCCGGAGGGUGCUGGAUAUGUGAGCUCGCAGCCAACCAAAGCGAGUGACAUAUACUCAUUUGGGAUAACGAUGCUGACAUUGGGACAGGUAUUCACCGGAGUGAUUCCAUUUCACAACAGCCGAAAUGAUGCCGCUGUUAUCGCCGCCGUACUCUCUGGAAAACGACCGAGCCGUCCUCCACAGCCACAGGCAGAAGAGGUCGGAUUGUCUAGCUCCGUCUGGGCGCUGAUCGAGAGAUGCUGGGAUCAAGACCCACGAAAGCGUCCCAUAAUCGCCUCGGUU